AUGGAGGACAUCCCACGUCCGUUUUCGCCUGAGUAUGUCCCACAACCGCUCAACCCCUCGCCGUUCCACACGCGUUUCACCAACCCUCAACGCGUCCCCACACCAGCGGUUUUGCCUGAACGAUCUGGUAGUCACCUUUACUUGUCAACGGUUUCUCAGCCUGUUCAAGAACCCAUCCAUAUCAUCCACGAUUUCUACAACGUCUCUCCAAUUGCCUUCCACUUUGCGCCGAAUGGGAGCCUCCCUCGAACGGUAGAGCUACCUCUCAUCAGCGAAGCCGAGACUCGACCAACGCACGCGCUUGCGAUUCUCAGCAGCACAAUCCCGUCCUCGAGCAACAAGCCGUACACCUCUCUUCGGCUAGACACGUUCCCCUCUGCGCCUCCGUCAGCCUCAUUGCUCGACCGCCCUCGAGAUCACCAACCCUAUCUGAUUCCCAUCGAUGCGUCAACGUUCUUCCUCAACUUCGGACACGAUGUGGCGCGGUCUCUCGGCGCGCUGCUGACAAGCAGACCAGCCAAGUCGCAGUCUCCACCCAUCCGCCGGGAUCGCGAGAACGGCACGCGCUUCGUUACCCUCCCCGUCAUCCCGCUCCAUGUCCCCCAUCCUCCCAGCCUCCCUCACGUGUUGCUGUUCGGACAAGGCAUCCCUUUACCGAAAACUCCCUCGCCUCCUGCCCAAUCCGAUCCCCCCUCUUCUCCGCGGUCGGCUUCCGACUCUGGCAGAAUCGCAAGCCCGAGCAUGCUCGCUACCUACCUGCUCCCCGUCUCCGCCAUCGAGGAGUUCCCCUCGUCCCCUGCGAUGGCGGCCAUCAUGGCACGGCAAUGCAGCAGCGAGGAGCUCGCGACGCGUGUCGCAUUCAACCACGGCAUAUGGCGGAACACCCUGCUUCUCGCACCCACGGAUGCCGCCCUCGAGGAUCUCGUCCGGAUAGCGUGGAAUGUCACGAUUGAGGCGCAACGGCUGCAGCGGCAGGGCGACGCGGCGAGCGCGCGGAGCCUGUCCCCUUCACUCGCUCCUUCUCUUACUCCUGCCGCCAGGCGUCCUACGCCGGUAGUCGUCACCUCGACAACAGACCACGGCCCUACGAAGGACGCGGACCGGGAUGGAGGGCGUAACUCGGUCACCUCCCCACGUCCAUCCGCUUUCCCAACCAUCAACAAACCGGCCUCGACGGCGCAUGGCGCCGGAGAAAAUGCUAAGGCGAUUCCCGAGUUGAUUGUCCCAGAGCUCAUGCAGAACGUCUCGAGCGAAGCGGAAGAGGAACGUCCGCGCGUGGCCAAGCGGACGAGUCUACCCCGUACGGUUCCAGUCGCAGCCGUCUCGUACUCGGUGCACAACCCAGCAGCCAGACCUCCCGUCGAUGGCUCAUACAUCGCCGUGUCCAGUCCCACCUGCGGCGCGCGGAGCUCGCAUGCCGCCACGCCCAAAACGGCUGCCCGUCUGCCCGUGGUCGAAGUCGACUAUCCGGUUGCAUUCGAUACGCCGCUCUCGAAGGCCCGGUGUGCUUUCGCCCAUCAUUUGUCGGGAGGAGAUAAUGCCCUAAUGGCUCCGCUGUCGGCGCUCAAGAGCUCGAGCGGUCGAAGAGGCGAUCGGAGUUAGGAGCUUUAAUAUUUGUGUCGUCCACAUACUCCCGGCCGCCUGCUUCGCUUCGGCCUGCAUGAGAGUCUAUGCAGCGACCGUCCUUCGAAGCUUCGACAGCGUUUCAUACUCACUCCCCAUACGACAUAGUACGGUCACAGUUCUCACUUCCUGAUACGACCACUUUGCUUCGAGACGUAAAAUGCCCACAUGCCGCUGACUGCUGUUUCGGAC